UUAGCAUUAUUAGAAAAUAUGGAAAUGAUGAAUUUCAUAUUGUUAUUGAGAAACAACCAGCAACUGUAAAGAUACAUUUCAAAAAAAAUAACGAACACAUUAUUGUUCCUGAAUUUUUUAAAUGUAAAUGUUCCAAAUCAGAAUUAAACGUUGAUGAAUUAACCGAAAUUAAUCCAUUAAUAUACGAAGAAGAAGAAAUUGACAAAAAAGUUAAUAAUAGCAUCUAUAAUCAUAUCAAUAUUGAUGAAAAUACUGAUGUUAUUUAUAAAGAUACCAAUAACAGUUCUCCAAAAGCGAAUCAAAUUC